AUGAAAAUGGGUAAAGGAGAUGAGGAGUGGCAAAGAGGAAAUACCAGCAAGUCUGCAUACAUGAAGAAUGGCAGCACUGGGAGCUCAAGGGAUGGGAUUAAGCUUACAAAGCAUGAGGACCAGAAGAAAUGGGAUGGACAUAAAGAGAAAAUCUGGGCUUACUUUCUACCCUCAGGGAGCCUUGUGCUGCUGAUGGGUGAGAAUGUGGACAGCAAAUUGGAGUCUUCCAGACAGCAGAUGCCAAAGGACCAGCCAAAAGAUUAUGAGAUAACAAUUCCUUUCCUCUUGAAUGGAGGGAAGUGGAGACCAGUAAAUGGCAGUUACUCAAAGAAUCACCCAGCACUGCUGCAGUUUGUCAUACAAGCUGAAAGUCAACAUCUAGUCAUCAAUCUGGAGAGGAAUGAGGGCCUGUUAGCCAGCAGCUUCACAGAAACCCAUUAUUUGAAAGACGGCACUGAUGUGGUUCUGGCACGCAAUUACACGGGUCACUGCUACUACCAUGGCAAUGUACAAGGGUACCCCAACUCCUUGGUCAGUCUCAGUACCUGCUCUGGACUCAGGGGAAUUAUUGUAUUUGAACACAAAAGCUACAUCCUGGAACCAUUAGAAGGUGCUACGAGUGAACACAAGAUCUACCGAGCAGAGAAUGUGAAAAUAGCCCCGGGAUCUUGUGGCCACCAGCUGGACAUUUCCACCAUGGGAGCUGAUGGCAAUGACACAUCACACCAUUCUCAAGCUAGCAGGCACAAGAGGGAGACCCUGAAGACAACGAAGUACGUGGAGCUUGUUAUUGUGGCAGAUAAUCGUGAGUUCCAGAGACAAGGCAAGGAUGUGGAGAAAAUUAAGCAGAGGCUGAUAGAAAUUGCAAACUAUGUUGAUAAGUUCUAUAGGCCACUAAAUAUUCGAGUAGCCCUGGUUGGAGUGGAAGUAUGGAAUGACAUGGAUAAGUGCUCUAUUUCUCAAGACCCUUUCACCAGCCUCCAUGAGUUCCUGGACUGGAGAAAGCUGAAACUACUACCUCGUAAACCCCAUGACAAUGCACAGCUGAUAAGCGGGGUGUACUUCCAAGGGACCACCAUUGGCAUGGCACCCAUAAUGAGCAUGUGUACUGCAGAGCAGUCUGGAGGGGUUGUCAUGGAUCACUCGGAAAACCCUCUCGGUGCAGCAGUCACACUGGCUCAUGAACUGGGACACAAUUUUGGAAUGAAUCAUGACACGUUGGAGAGGGGCUGUAACUGCAAAGCAUCCACUGAUAAAGGGGGUUGCAUCAUGAACCCCUCCACUGGCUAUCCAUUUCCCAUGGUAUUUAGUAGCUGCAGUAGAAAGGACCUGGAAAACAGCCUGGAAAAAGGAGUGGGAAUGUGCCUGUUUAACUUGCCUGAAGUUAAGGAGUCCUUUGGUGGACAGAAAUGUGGCAAUGGCUAUGUGGAAGAUGGAGAGGAGUGCGACUGCGGGGAGCCUGAUGAAUGUACCAACCGGUGCUGCAAUGCAACUACCUGUACUCUGAAACCAGGAGCAGUGUGUGCACAUGGACUCUGCUGCCAAGACUGCCAGUUAAAACCAGCAGGGAUUUCUUGCAGAGAGUCAAGCAACUCCUGUGAUCUGCCAGAGUUUUGCACAGGAGCCAGCCCUCACUGCCCAGCCAACGUCUACCUGCACGAUGGACAUGCAUGCCACAUGGUGGAUGGUUAUUGCUACAAUGGCAUAUGCCAGACCCAUGAGCAGCAGUGUAUCACCCUCUGGGGCCAAGGUGCAAAGCCUGCUCCUGGGAUCUGCUUUGAGAGAGUCAAUUCUGCAGGGGAUCCUUAUGGCAACUGUGGCAAAGACUCCAAGAGCUCCUUUGCUAAAUGUGAACCCAGAGAUGCUAAAUGUGGAAAAAUCCAGUGUCAAGGAGGAGCAAAUCGACCUAUAAUUGGUACCAAUGCUGUUUCCAUAGAAACUAAUAUCCCACUUCAGGAAGGUGGCAAGAUUCUGUGUCGAGGUACCCAUGUGUAUUUGGGUGACGAUAUGCCCGAUCCCGGCCUUGUCCUGUCAGGAACCAAGUGUGAAGAUGGAAAAAUUUGCCUUAAUCGCCGGUGCCAGAAUACAAGUGUUUUUGGAGUUCAUAAAUGUGCAACAAAGUGCCAUGGACGUGGAGUCUGCAACAAUAAAAAGAACUGUCACUGUGAGGCUGACUGGGCCCCGCCACACUGUGACAAGCCAGGGUUUGGUGGCAGCGUGGACAGCGGACCCAUUAGGCAAGCAGAUAAUAAGAGUUUAACUGUAGGAGUGUUGAUAACCAUCCUGUGCCUUAUCUUUGCUGGAUCAAUCAUGUAUCUGAAAAGGAAGACAUUCAUGAGAUGGUUGUUUACAAGCAAAAAGACAACAAUAGAGAAGUUAAGGUCUGUGCGUCCAGCAAGACCUUCCAGUUCAUCUGAGCCUCAUCAUGUUCACACUGUAUCUCUCAGUAAAAAUCUCAUCAUGAAGCCACAAAAUACAAGCACAAAAAAAAGAGAUGGUCCAAGAAGACCAAUACCAUACCAGAUCAUUGACAUCAGCAACCCUGUGAAGACACAUAAUUUGCCACAACUGAAAACACCACAGCGAGUCCUACCACCUCUUCCUCAGCUGCCAUGUCACCAAGCUGUGCCUGAAAGACCCUUGCCAGCUAACCCUUUGCAGAGGUUCACCCAGGAAAACCACAAACCCAACCCUCCUCGGAAGCCCCUACCAGCAGACCCUCUGACCAAAGCACGCUGUAACACGGCAUGCACGACGGUGCCUGGACACACAAAAGCUCUGCCUCACCUUGCUCCUGUAAGACCUGUUCCUAAGCAUCCACCACAGGUAUCCAGGUCCAGCAACACUGCUGAUGUGAACUAA